UGUGAGCAUGCUUGGAAACGGAGGUGAAUUCAGGAAAAGAUGGCCACCGCUCUGCUGCUCCUGCUUCAGCUGGUCUCACUGACGUCUGCGUCACAUCAGUUCGGGGGAACCGUGUCCUUCAGCUACAAGGGAAGAAACCCUGAUGGAUCAUUCAGGGUGGACCUUCGAAACAGGGCGACCUUUGAUGGGUGUCAGAACUCCCAUUCCUGGAUCUGUUCCACCAACGACUGUGGCUCUGUCACCAAUUCACAGAGAGGCACGAUAGACAAGAGCACCAAUGCACCGCAAUUUAACAGACAAUGGUGUGAAACGGAAACAGUUCAGCAAAGAAAAGUCCUGACUGACAAACCUUUUCAGAUGAAGGCAAGUAGCUGUUGUUGGGUCUCAACGCGUAACGAGGUUGGAAAUUGGAGACUUCUAACUCAUGUAGACUUGGGCAAGAGAUCCGACACCGGCAAACCAAACAGAUCCCCAGACAUUGCCAUUCUGCCUUUCCUACGAGUUCCCCAGAACUGCCCAAGGACCUACAAGCUGAUGUCCUUCGACCCUGAUGGCGACACAGUUCGCUGCAGAUAUGGAAAUAUCCGAAAUGUAGAGUGCAGCGGAUGUAAUCAACCUUCAGGCUUUGUCUUAGAUCAGGGUUCUUGCUCCUUACAUUACCGCAUCGCCAACGCCAACCCCAGUGUUUUUGGAUUUGAGUUGGUGGUGGAGGACUUCCCGCAAAGGCCCAUCGCUCUGUCCUACAGCGAUGGAACCCAAUCCCACAAGGCUCCACUGAUUCCCAGGAGGCGGAAACGAAGCUUAUACCAUACAACCGCGGCUUCAGCACCAACAACACACCCGUGGUGGUGGUGGUAUCAUUCAACUCCAGCAUCAAUCAUGAAAGCUGCGCAACCCAAAAGCCGGUGGUGGUGGCUUCAUUCAACUCCAGCAUCAACAACGACUGCUGCACAACCCACAACCCCAUGGUGGUGGCUUCGUUCAACUCCAGCAUCAACCACGAAUGCUGCGCAACCCACAACCCCAUGGUGGUGGCUUCAUUCAACUCCAGCAUCAACAACGACUGCUGCGCAACCCACAACCCCAUGGUGGUGGCUUCAUUCAACUCCAGCAUCAACCACGACUGCUGCGCAACCCACAACCCCAUGGUGGUGGCUUCAUUCAACUCCAGCAUCAACCACGACUGCUGCGCCAACCCCACGUCUGAUACCAGCCACAUUCCCCCCGACCAAACCGUGGCAGCAUACAACUCGACCUACCACGGACAACAGACACCUGCAUGGCACCACGCCUCCUCUCAGUAAACUGCCUUUGCAAUUCUCUUUUCUUGUGGACCCACCUGCUCCCUCAUGUGAUGAAGGUCUCUAUUUGCCAAAGUUUGUGCACCCAACACCUGAAGAUGGACAACACAUCAAUGCCGAGGUCAGCAAAGAAGUGGAGAUCAGAGUCAGAGCCCAAGCUUCACAUGCAAAACUAAAUGAUAUCAUCAUCAGUGGGCCACUGAAUAUCACCAAGCACAGGAGCACAAAUGGAGACUUUGUCAUUAGGUGGACGCCUGGCCCCGAUGACUUGGGGGAUCAUUACCCAAUCUGCUUUGCUGUUGAAUCAGUCGAGUCCGGCAUCUAUCAGUCCGAGAUGAGGUGCGUUCUGGUGAACAUCGGCAAAAGACUAAUUGAAUCCCAUGUGACAUGCAAAGAGUCCUCAUUGACGGUAGAGGUGACCAGAUCUUCUCUCCCUGGACUUCAUGAGGAUCAUUUACGCCUCAAUGACCCCAGCAACACGGUCUGCAACCUGCAGAGAUACUCCAACAGCACGCACAUCAUCGCUGUCGUACCCCUCAACGCCUGCGGCACUCAGAUCGAGGAAGAUGAGGAGAACCUGGUUUUCAAAAAUGAAAUCACCACGGUGGACAACCUAAACAACCUGAUCACCAGGAACCACCUGCUGGAGAUCCAGUUCUACUGCCAGUACCCCAAACAUGGGAACGUGUCGCAGGGCUUCACAGCACACAGGAAGAAUGUCGUGGUGUGGGACAAAGGCUUCGGAAAGUUCACCUACGAGUUUGAGUUCUACCCAGACAACCAGUAUGGACGAAUGAUUGAUCCAGGGCUGUACCCCCUGGAGUACGAUGUGACGGAAAGGAUCUACAUGCAGAUAGAGGCCAAAACCACCGUCAACAACACCCAGCUGUUUGUGGAGUCCUGCAGCGCGGCGCCAUAUGACACCCCCAACUACUGGCCAACAUACUCCAUCAUCGAGAAUGGGUGUACUGUGGACCGAACGGUUCAAGUGCAUCCCAGUGCCAACCCGAGAGAGUUCAGGUUCAGCAUGGAGGCCUUCCAGUUCAUCGGCAUGCACGACCAGGUGUACAUCAGCUGUUCAGUGCUGAUGUGUGAGGCAGGGAGCUCCGGCACCAGGUGUUCACAGGGGUGCAUCAUCUCCCCCGUUUCUGGGCAUCAUCAACACCGCAAGAGAGAGGCUAACGCUCAGACCGCCAGGCACUUCGUUUCCCAGGGUCCUCUGCGUAGGAAGCGAUCAGCGGAGAGCACCGGGAGCCCAGGGACCCCCCUGGAUCUGAACCUGGUGUUCAUCGUUGGAGGUCUUCUUGCCGCUGUUGGCAUGAUCAGUGCAGUGGCACUGUACAAAGUCAAAGCAUCAAAGAUCAAAUACCAACCGUUGCUCUCAGUUGAAAACUAAGGAAGCGGCUGGAUGAGAAUACCCAUUUCUGAUUUCUGCCUUACGGGUUGGAGGUGGUGUUAACCACUGUUUACCUCGUCAUCCCAUGUAGCUUUACAAUUGAUUGUUCUAUCAUGUACUACAAUAUGAUUUACACUUGAUUGAUAUGUGUGUUGCCCAAUCAUUAUAAUGCUAAAUGUCAUUUUUUCAUUUACGUUUUCUUGAAGUCAUUUAUCUUAGUAUAUCAAUAAAAGCAUGAUCUCUUAAA